ACAAAAAUAGCGGCCAAGUAAAGAGGUUAAAAUUGGAAACAAUGAUUGGCUAUGAAAUUGGGGCAACCAUGAAACGUUAUAGUCGAACGGUGACUGCGAAGCAGAAGGUUCAACGAAGAAAAGGCUCCUCCAUGACCAUAAUAGAUAAAGUCCACUGUUUUCCAUUGUCUCCUACGUCUAGCUUGGACAACUAUUAAGCAGAUUCAUGACUUCUUGCUCAUCUUGUUGGCCAAAGAACGCCCAAAUAAUCGUCUGCUGAUAUGGGUCUUUGCUUUGGAGCUCUUUCUGGUGAACCUGAUCCUGCCACCCAGUCAACAACCACUCCAGUGGCAUCAAGUAACGAUGGCAAGAACAUAGGAUCGUCGGCAACAAGCAGCAGCACCGGGAAGAGUCAAUUUUCAGAGGCAGCUGGUGGAAGCGUGGACGAGGUAUAUCCUGAUGGCCAAAUCUUGGAGACACCCAACUUGAAAGAAUUCAGCUUUGUGGAUUUGAAGACUGCCACUAGGAAUUUCAAGACGGAUAGUUUGUUGGGUGAGGGAGGGUUUGGGCAAGUUUUCAAGGGUUGGAUGGAUGAGAAGACGCUUACACCUUCUAAUGUCGGCACUGGAAUGGCAGUUGCCAUCAAUAAAUUGAACUCAGAAACUAUGCAAGGUUUCCAAGAGUGGCAGUCAGAAGUAAAUUUUUUGGGAAGGCUAUGUCAUCCCAACUUGCUGAGGCUUUUGGGAUACUGUUGGGAGGAUAAAGAGCUGCUCCUUGUGUACGAGUAUUUGCAGGGGGGAAGCUUGGAGAAUCACCUUUUUCGAAGGAAUCCAAACAUUGAACCGCUUUCUUGGGACAUACGACUGAAAAUAGCUAUCGGAGCAGCUCAUGGCCUUGCUUUCUUGCACACUUCAGAAAAGAAAGUCAUAUUUAGAGAUUUUAAGGCCUCAAACAUACUGCUUGAUGGGAUGUACAAUGCAAAAAUCUCAGUUUUUGGUGGUGAUUCACAUGUGACAACCAAGGUUAUGGGCACAUGUGGUUACACUGCUCCGGAAUAUAUUGCAACAGGUCGUUUGGACGUGAAGAGUGAUGUGUAUGGCUUAGGCGUAGUGCUGCUUGAACUGCUAACGGGCCUUCAAGCACAUGAUACAAAGAGGCCUAACGGACAGCAAACUCUGGUGGAGUGGCGUAAGCCAUGUCUUUCUAGCAAGGCAAAGCUGAAAACCAUCAUGGACACGCGGAUGGAGGGCCAAUAUUCAUCCAAGGCUGCGAUGCAGGCAGCACAACUGACUCUAAAAUGCCUAGCGUUUGAUCCUAUAAACCGACCUUCCAUGAAAGAAGUUGUGGAGGUAUUGGAAGGGAUUGAAGCAAUGAAUAAGCAAAAACCAAAAGAAUGCAAAAUAAAAUCUGCUACUACAGCUCAUCGCCAUCGCCAUGGCCAUGGCCAACAACCUAUUCAUCAUCGUUCUCCAUUUCACACCGGGCACCAUGCUGCUGAGUGCUGACAUUUGAAGUAAUCUGGUUUGAUUUGUUCGAUUCAUUUUUAUUUAAUUUAAUUUUUUUUUUAUCCUACGGAUCUCUUUGGAUUCAUUACAAAUUUUGUUGUUGUCCCUCACCAUUUCUACUCAAUGGGAUGACUGAUGAGUGCAUUGUAAUACUCCCAACCGUCCAACGUACUCAUGAAUAGAGUGAAAAAUGUCCUAGGGUAUUUUAACUGGUUUUUCAGUUAUUUUUAUUCUGCUUAA